UCAGACGCACCAAUUUAAAGAGCAGCGUUUUGUUCUCUGGCUGUCAGACUUUGUCACAGCUACUUUCGAUUUGCGUGAGCGUCCUGUGCUGCUUUUUGGAAAAGGAGGGGGGAAAGAAAUUAAAAAAGAAAAAGACAGAAAAAGUGGAGAGAAGUCAGCGGCUGUAAUUAGAUUCCCUAAUCAGCAGAAUUGGCCGCAGGUGUGAAUUCAUGUCUGUAUUUUCCCCGCAGAUAUUCUGCCCAGUAUUGCCCAGCCGAGAUAUGACUGAGGUGAUGAUCAGCAGCACCCCCAUGGAGGACAUGAGGCUCAGCCCCAGCAAGGACAGACUCUCCUUCCAGAUAUUCCCCGAUCCCUCAGAUUUUGACCGUUGCUGUAAGCUCAAAGAUCGUCUGCCAUCCAUUGUGGUUGAGCCCACAGAGGGAGAGGUCGAGAGCGGAGAACUUCGCUGGCCUCCAGAGGAGUUCCUGGUCAGUGAAGAGGAGGAGGAGGAUGAUGAUGAUGACGAAGAAGAGGAAGAGGAGCACAAUAAUGGCAGCAUCCAAAACGGACAGCCCACACAGAAUUCUCAGCACUAGAGGCCGUGUUCCAGGAUCCAUACUCUCUCGAUCCGUUUCUUUCUGAUCGACUCUCCCUUUCACACACUGGUUACACUUCACGUCAGCAUUCAGCAGACUCAACUGACAGACACGCUUUCAGUGUCUUGUGAUGCCAUGUCGUUGCCACUGACACCAAAGCGUCCCUCCCACAGGAGAAGCAAUACACCCAUGCACACACACUUCCUCACACAAUAAUUUAUCCUCCUGGACUGCAAACACAUGCAAACAGACUUGGAAAGAAACUGACAUGCACACUUGUAACCUACACCUACUUCCUAACAUGCCUACCACCGUGUGUGUCUCGGCUCAGAACAGAUGUUCCGUUGGACAGUGGCAACUCAGUGCUCCAUGGACAGGUCUUAGGCUGCAGGGAGCUACUACUGCUCUGUACUUUACUCCAAAAUGGCUGGCAUCAUGACCCCAGAGACUUUAUAUUCGCAUACAGAACUAUUGUGGUACCCGUGGGGAUUAUUGUCUACAGCACAUUGUGUUUCAGUUUUUGGAUUGAUAUGUUAAUUAUUGUGAUUGCCACUGCUGUCCAUAGAUACGUCUGUUUCUGAGAAGUGAAUGUUUUGUGAUUUGUCUGUUUAUUUGAGAAGUGGGUAUUUUGUGCAAAGUGUCACUGGGAUUUUUUUUUUCUUUUUUCCUUUACAGAAUUUGUCUAAAUUACAUUUUUGUGACCAUUUACAAUAAAAAGGCAACGGAAUCAUUUUAGAGAAGUGAGAAGAAAGUGAAAGGGGAGGGGGGGACACACACCAUGCCCCGUUUUGGUAAGUGCUUGUGUGAUAGAUUCAUUGUACAAAGGCUUGUUGAGCAGUGCGGGCACAGUCAUGCUAUGAUUUUCUCAUCACGUUGACCACCUGUAAGGCUGGUGACAAACCAUAGCUGGAUGACAAAGCAACACUGAAGACAAAAUGUUACUCAAGCAGGUUAUAGUUCAAAAUGAUAGAGCUGAAUAAGGAUGGGGAAAGUGUAAUUUUUCAAAAAGUAGUUGAUAAAGCAAUGUACAGCCCCAUUUAGGGAUAUGUAAAUACCCAUUCCCAAUGAGCCAACCCCUGAGGCCUUUUGAAUUUUUUUUUUUUUUUUGAAAGACAGACUCUGAGAAUAGCUCUGAGUUCUACGCACCUGAACUGAAAACUGUCUUUCCUGGUCUUCCUGUUCUUUUUGAAAACAGCCAUACAUUUGACAUGAUGAAGUUCAGGUCACGGGGGAAUUAACACUGUAGGACAGAGUUAAUUAAAAAAAAAAAAAGCAUACAGGUCUGAAACAGUAUUAAACUCUUUACUCACAAUUAAAACUAGUUCUAAUGGUUACAAGAGAGCUAUUAAUGGGAAAUCUGUCAUUUAUUUGCCUGUACUACAGUUUUUAAAAGUUGGAAUGUUUUUUUUUUUUACUCUUUAAAUUGCAAUUUAUUGUUCUGUGAAUCAAGUCUUGUUAGUCAAAAUGUGGAAAAGAUUUCACUUUUUGUGUACACUCUGAAAUACUGUUGUACAAGCAUGACUGAUAUACUAUAUGUUCUCUGUUCUUUUUGUAAUUUCUCAUUUGAGUGGCAUUAGGGCUGUGUACAGAACAUCUCUCUCUUUCUCCUGUCUGUCACCCACAGGUCCCACAUUGUUUUUGUAAAGCUCAGGGAGAUUAGCCGCCAUCUUUCUCUUGUUUUUUGUAUUUAGACCACUUUUCUCUGUGACAGUUACAGAGGCUGUAAAUAAACAUUUGAAUUUGCUA